UUCUUUCACAUUUUCCAGUUGGGAGGAGAAGGGGAAAGUGGAUGGAGUGGAGAAUAGAGAACCCCUCCCUCGUCCAGAGACAAGGAGACCUGUGACUUCGCUCAGCCCGGUGGGAUGGGGCUGGUGCCUUGGGGACCAACAGAGCAGCAGGAGGCCACUGCACCAGGGCUGGCUCCUUGGGGCAGGGCUUUGCUGCGUCGAUACUGAUUGCGCGUGUCUGUGACAGUCCACGCUGGCAGGUGUGCAGGCUGAUGCCGGUGGGAUGCCUUGGUGAGGCAGGUGGAUUUCCCGCUGCAUGUCGCCACCUGGAGCCUGAGGCGUGGAUGCUCGGGCAUGCGUCAAUGGGCCUCACCAGUCUGGACACAGCAUUGGGUUCACGGCCUCCACUCUGACCCUGGAACAGGAGCAGCUACUAAAAGCAGAGUGUCCCAUUCCUGCCCUUUACAGGGUCUGCUGUGUCCUCACUGGAGUCUGAGAUGAUCCCCCCAGGUGGCCCUUUCCAGGGAGCACAGAAAUCCACUCCAGUCUUUCUCCUAAUCCCUAGCACUGUGUCUGCCUGGCACCAGCCCAGCGAGCAUCUGUCACCAGGGAUGGCCAUGAAAACAGCAGGUUGGAACUCAGGGCCCAGCAGGGAAGGGUUCUGGCUCCACCUCCUGCCUCCUCCCCGAUUCUCCUCUCUCACCAAUGCCAUCUCCAUAAACAAAGAGGGAGUGGGGUGGGGUGGUGGCAGAGGAGUCAGCGAAAGGGAAAGAGUCCGUUGGUGAAACCCCACCCCUGCGUGAGUGAGCAGCACUGAGGUAAUGCAGCCCAGCCCUGGCUCCACUCACUGAUAUAAGGCAGCCACCAACACAGGUGCACUCAGGAGUGAGCGGAUCCUCUGGCGCUUACACAGACAGCGACAGGUGCCUGCAGGUGCUGCCAGCUAAGGAGUCCCGUUCACUUUCUGCCGUUGCCUUGAAAGUACUUAGGGCGUGGCAACAUGUCGAUGGGGCUGGAGAUCGGUGGAGUGGCCCUGUCGGUGGUGGGCUGGGUGGGCACCAUCCUGUGCUGUGCACUGCCCAUGUGGAGGGUGACGGCCUUCAUCGGGAACAACAUCGUGACAGCCCAGACCAUCUGGGAGGGGCUGUGGAUGAACUGCGUGGUGCAGAGCACGGGCCAGAUGCAGUGCAAGGUCUACGACUCCAUGCUGGCGCUGCCCCAGGACCUGCAGGCGGCUCGUGCCCUGGUCGUGAUCGCCAUCGUGCUGGCCGUGCUGGGCCUCAUGGUUGCCCUAAUCGGAGCACAGUGCACCAGGUGCGUGGAAGAUGAUACCACCAAGGCCAAGAUCACCAUCGUGUCUGGGGUGAUCUUCUUGCUGGCUGGGAUCAUGACCCUCAUCCCCGUGUGCUGGUCAGCCAACACCAUCAUCCGCGAGUUCUACAAUCCUUUGGUGUUAGAGUCACAGAAGCGGGAGCUGGGAGCCUCCCUCUACGUGGGCUGGGCAGCUGCAGCACUGCAGCUGUUCGGGGGGGCUCUGCUCUGCUGCUCCUGCCCCCCCAAGGACGAGAAGUACACUCCAGCCAAGAUGGCUUACUCUGCUCCCAGAUCCACCGGGCCCAGCUACGACAAGAGGAACUACGUGUGAGGGAGGCAGCCCAGCACCCCUCCUGCCUGCCCUGAUCCAUUCAUCAGACUGCUCCUGACUUCACUGCCUCCCUCGCUGCUCUCUGUAGCCCUUAGGACCCCCGGGGAACACGGCCACCCCUUGCUGACCCAAGGACAACAGUUGGCUGGCUGCUCAUCAGACUCUGAUUGUCAUUCCAAGGGCUGGGUGGAGGAGGAACUGCUCUGUCUCUCUCAGGGCUGCUGGCGAGGGGAAGCAAGACCCUGGCUAGGACUCUCAUUUCUGUUUGUAGAUAUUUUGUCUUUGAUCUAUUGCACCCCAGCUCUGAGACACCCUCAUCCCCACCGGCUGGAGAAACCCCACUGGGCUCCGUUCCUCCUUCAAACCCAACGGAUUCCUCCAGCUGGCUCAGGAAACACUCUGCCUGAGAGUCAGGCCCCGGGCAGGGAGGGGUGGAAGGGUAACUAAGGGUGAAGAGGUAUUUGUGCUGAAUGUGCCAGCAGCCUCUCCCAGCUGGCAUUGGCUGGGAGCACCCCACCCGCCCGCCCUGUCCUUUCUGCAAGGGAUAGAGCAGAGGGGAGACACCGUUCAGAGCAGAGUUGGGAGAGGGCAGAGAGAGCAGAGGAGGGUGGUGGGUUCCAUGCCCGGCCCCCAAAGGGCUCUGAGCUCUCUCCUGAGUCAUCUCUGACUUACGCCCCACUGCUCUGCGUUGGCCAGCGGGAGAGGCGUGGAACAUGCAGGGCAGAUGCCAGGCGCUCACCUACCACCAGGGAGAGAGCUAAACAAGCCGUAUCUUAGCAAUCUAAGCCAAGGCUGAAGAAUGGGGGUGGCUCGUGGCAACUGGGGGAGAAAUCUGGCAGAGGUGUGGAGAGGGGCGUGGGUGAAUGGGGGAGACCCCUCUGCCAGUGAAGCGCUCUGGGUCAAUACUGAGCUGGGUGCGCCCGCCUGCGGGUUUGAUGGCUGUGUAAAUAUGGUUGGUUUAUUGUAUCUAGGAAAGAUUUUUCACCAUGAUUUGCUUUGUGAAGGAAGCUAUUGCUGGGACAUGCUGCCUCCUAGCACCCACCUGUGCUGCUGGAACUUAUCCUGGGCCAUGGAACAGUAGCUGAUCUCUGGGCCUCAUGGAUCAGUGAUCCUUCUGGGGGCCCUGAGGUGGCUUCUGUGGGAAUGAGAGGAAUGAAGAGCCCUCCCUUGCCAUGGUGGGAAAGGAGGCCAGCAGACACUGGGGCGGGGGUGUGCAGGGUGAUCGUCUCUCUGAGCACUUGCCUGCUUGCGCUGGACAGGCUGUGCCCUGUUACACACUUAGACAGUCAUGCUUCCACUGCUUUGUACUGAGUUACAUUUUUCAAUAAAAUUGUCCAGUUCCAGUAACAGCUGAGUGACGUGUCCUUCUCCGAUGUAUGAAGCAAUGUGCUAGAAAUCAGCUUUCCUUCCUCUGGCUGCAGGCUGCAGCCCUGGCUCGGGCUUCGUCUGGAAGGGCAAGGGUGAAGCAGAGAGCUCAGGUGAAAGAGACGUGUCAGGUCACUUUUCAGUUCGAAGUGGCCAUUACUGAGAAACUGGCGCACACGGAGCUGGUCCAGAUGAACGGUACCUACUGGUGUGUGACUGCCCAGAACCACUCCAUCGAGCUAAAUGGAAAGCCCUGCCCCUCGAGACAUCCAUCCGUGUGUAUGACGGUCCCCCGAAGGUCGACCCUGACUGUUGACGGGACGCGGCUCCACCGUACUCCGCCAAUGAUGGGUAACCUAACAUGGGAUCCGGAAUGGCACUACGGCAGUAAGUAUCUAGAGGAGGGUCUACAGGCCCUGCAGGCGAAGAUCGAGGAGUUGGUGGCUGAAGCCGAGAGGCAUAUUGGAGAAGGCCGUCUGAGGUACACUCAGAUAGGGGAAACCGUGGACCAGGCCGAUGUGAAGUACUCAAAGGCAAGGAACCAGGCAGUGGAGGUUAAAGCAAUGAUUAUGGGCGAUGCCAUCUCAGGUGACAAGGUCCCCUGGGGAUGGAUCUGGGUGUUAUUUUGUCAAGUUAUGUGGGGAUUGUCUAUCCUAACAUUUCUGAUGGUACUGGUGCUUUAUCGGCGACUCCGCAGUAGGCUGAGUACAUUAAAAUUGGUAUAUUUGACCUGGCGGGUUAGGGAACCCUAGGGUCAAGAGGAGGGACUGAAGGGUUAAAAUCCAUGUGCAUGUUAUAUAACAACCUGGUAUAUAUGGAUUGUGCCAGCUCUUUUUCAGACCCGAAGUCCAGAGUUUGGUCUGGAGACCAGAGGCCUAGCUAAUAGUGAUCAGCUACGAGAAAGCUGGGGUAAACAAAAUAACAUUGCCUUUGCUAAGAUCUGCUUGGUCAGUAGAAAUGCCAGAUGUUGAAGCAAUAACUGAAUAAUUAUGUUUCAUCCAAUGUUUCAAAUUGAACAAAGGAUCCCUGUUCCUAUUGUGUUUCUCCUGAAGGGAAAACAGUCUUCCCACAGCUCCAACCUUGAGUUUAUGAAAUAUUGGCACAUGUCACUAUAAUGAUAUGGCACCCUUCCACCUCCCUUCCAAGGGACCAAUGCCCUGCCUUAAGACAUAAAGGAGACAAUCUCUAUUUUCAUAUGCUUUCACUGUUUCUUUGCUUUAUCCCCUAGACAUGUACCUGUCGGACAAUCAAAGGAGUUACUCCAUUCCUAUGGACCCCAAAUCAGAAUUCAACAUAUAUAUUUUAUACUAAUAACAUUUUAUCAAAGUAUUAAUCAAAUGUUAAUUUGCUAACUUGAGACCAUGGGCGGAGACAUUGUGUAACCUUUUAACCAUUGGCUAUUGUGCUAUCUUGUCUUGCUGCAAAACCUAUCCCGGGGUGUGGAACUGCCUACCCCGUCACUUUCCCCCGCCCAUGGAAAAUCUAUAUAUUUCAUUGUAAUCAAUUAAUUGACAGUGUCUCUGAGCCUAAUAAGCCAGGUGACACUCCGCCAGCGCUGUGUGUAAUAAACCCCUAUGCUUUGACCUCUA